CGCUGUGUUUGCGUUCUAGGUGGACUCAGCAGUUUUAAGCAGAACCAUGAAAACCUCUGUGACAACUCCCUCCAGCUCCAAGAGUGCCGGGAGGUGGGGGGGGGGCGGCGCUCCCGCGGCCUCAGUGCUACCUCAGUGCAUCCCCACCACCCCCGACAUCGAGAACGCAGAGCUGACGCCCAUCCUGCCCUUCCUGUUCCUUGGCAACGAGCAGGACGCUCAAGACCUGGACGCCAUGCAGCGGCUGAACAUCGGCUACGUCAUCAACGUCACCACGCACCUGCCCCUCUACCACUACGAGAAAGGCCUGUUCAACUACAAGCGGCUGCCGGCCACCGACAGCAACAAGCAGAACCUGCGGCAGUACUUUGAAGAGGCUUUCGAGUUCAUUGAGGAAGCGCACCAGUGUGGGAAGGGGCUCCUGAUCCACUGCCAAGCCGGGGUGUCCCGCUCGGCCACCAUCGUCAUCGCCUACUUGAUGAAGCACACGCGGAUGACCAUGACUGAUGCUUAUAAAUUCGUCAAAGGCAAACGACCAAUUAUCUCCCCAAACCUCAACUUCAUGGGGCAGCUGCUGGAGUUCGAGGAAGACCUGAACAACGGGGUGACACCGCGAAUCCUUACACCAAAGCUGAUGGGCGUGGAGACGGUGGUGUGACAGCAGUCGGGACGGUCAGGGUCACUGGUCUCUGUUAGGAGACAGAGAGAAAGGAGAGCGGAUUAUUUCUUUGCUUUUUCUUUCCUGUUUUUUUUUUUUUUUUUAAGCUGGGGGUAAGGUUUGUGAACGGAAACAAACUCGUUUAAAAUCUUUUUAUCUUUAACCAGUGUGAGAAGAAUUUAACUUUUGGUGCCCAUUGAGAUUUACUGCCCAGGAGCUGAUAAGGAAGAUUAUUAUAAGGAUCUCUCCACUCUGGCUAAGGAAGUGGGUUUUUUGUUUUUUGUUUUUUUUCAAGCCAACAAUAAACACGUAAUAAAACUUAUUUCCCCCCCCUUUCCUUUGAAGCUAUUUGUAGAGUUUAUGAUUAUAUAGUCUGUGCAGGUUCAUAGACCGAAUAUACACUUUGUACCAAUUUUAAAAAGAACCAAAAGACAGUAGAAAAGACAUUGGGUUAUGAAGACCUGGAUCUGCCGGGCCAUUCACGUAGAAAACAGACCCACCCACCAAGCUCUGACCUGCUCAGUGGUGCCGAGUGCAAUCAGGGCAGCGUAAGUGGUCUGCGGACCCUUCACGUUCCUGAAA